AUGACGGGCACGGCGGGGGACCUGACUCGGCCGCCAUGGCUUGAGGAGAUGCUUCAGGACCGCUCCCUCGCACCCAGGCUCUUCUCAUGGACAUUGGCGAACCUUCCUGGAGUUCAAGGUUGCCAUCGGGGUCAAAAUAAGGAGGUUCCUACAAGCGGAGACUCGAGUAAACGCUUCUAUGUCCUCGGCGUCGGAAAUCUUGGUCGUCUCUUCGCAACUGCGCUCGCCAAGCUUCCAGAACCACCACCGAUUACCCUCGUGUUCCACAAGAGGUCGUUACUUGAGCAAUGGGCGUCGAACCCGGGGAUUGAGAUAACUCGCUCCGGGACGAGAGCGCGGACUCUCGACUUUAAUGUCGAGUGGUGGACCGAUCAGAGGCCAGACAUUGGUCCAACCACGGAGAUCUGCAAUGGGCGCGCCAUCUCCAACCUCAUCAUCGCAACCAAAGCCCCGGAUGCGCUGCCUCAGGUCGAUAAACUCCGCCGUUAUCUGAAUGGUCGGUCCACGGUUGCCUUUGUUCAAAACGGCAUGAACAGACUAUGGCCCCCGUACGGGGUCGAGUACAACCAUUGCCGGUAUCAGCCAAAUGGACAUCCGAACUGGAUUGCCUGCGUCGCAACGCACGGCGUCACGUCCUUAGGUACUUUCAGGAGCCUCCAUGCAUCGCCGGCCGACGUUGCCAUGGGACCUGUGUCGCUGAACAGCGAGAACGCGUGGCAAGCGGAUUAUCUGAUGAGCCAGAUUACCGCAGCUCCCUACCUUGACGCCCGACGGGUCUCGAGGUCAGAUCUCUGGGUUUUACAGCUGGAGAAGCUCAUUGUUAACUGCAUCAUCAACCCCCUCACAGCUAUACUACGGUGCAAGAACGGCGUUCUCUUCGCAGACCAAGACGGCCCGCUCAUCCGGGUCAUGGACGUGCUCUUGGAAGAAGCCAGCCGCGUACUUCAAACUUUAGUCCGGGACGAGACCAGCAGAGAGAUUUUGCUGGAUAACGACGCAGUCCCCGAUGGACAGGAAUCCGUCGAGAUGCGGCUCCAAUAUCUACUCGACCGGUUUUCCACCGCACGCCUAAGAGCCAUGCUACACACUGUUGGCGAAAAGGUCAAGGACAACACAAGUUCCAUGUUGCAAGAUGUAAUGUCGGGAAAGAAAACCGAGAUCAGAGAGUUCAACGGAUGGCUGAUCGAUACUGCCGGCUACCUGGGCGGGCUGGAUGUCGAGGGUCACAAGCGGCUGAUCCAGCUCGUGGAAAACGGCACCGUUCUGGAAGCAACACAAGUCGGCGGACAUGUCUGCCCCUGACAGCAAUGAUCGUCUCAUUAUGAUUGCGUCUUGCAGCAGCCUAUGAUCAAACAGCAUUCGGAUAGGGCACUGAAGUACCUGGCCAGGGGCGGGUGAUUGCCACCCACUGCACAUGUUUAAAGUUUUGAUCCGCCAUCGUUCGAACCAAAGAGUGCAGGCGAUCCUGAUUGAGCGGAAAUAUGCCCGGGCGCAUAUGGGGGGCUAUAACGAGAAUGAUAUUGCCUCGGUUCUCGUUAAACUUGGACACACCCACCACCAGGAAGAGGAACCCACUGGUUAUUCAUCAAAACCGAAACCGGGCUCGCCCAAUCGACUGUUCUCCUUUGACAUUCACACCGCUUCUCAGAGGCCUAUCUACUGCAUAUUAAAUUCCGUGAAAUUACGGACGUACGCCGUGCCCGA